AUGGCUGCUCUUCCGUUGUCAUGGUCCUUCACCACCACCACCACCUCCGCCCCAUUUGUAACAAGGCCGUCGCGUAUGUUGAUUGAUGCAAAGCGAAGCGACCGCUUUCAGGUGUCGUGUGAGCAAAACCAGACAGGCAGCACCAGAAGCGAUGAAAUUUCUCAUGGGAAAUUUGACAGGAGAAAUGUGCUUCUUGGAAUGGGAGGGCUUUUCAGUGCAGCAAAUCUAGUUUCUGCUUCAUCCACAUUUGCAACUCCACUAGAAGCUCCUGAUUUCACCAAAUGCAGUAAGGGCACAAAUUUGAACACUGGACAACCACUAGAUGUGGACUGUUGCCCUCCAGUAACAACAGAAAUCAUUGAUUACAAGCUUCCCCCUGUGACGAAAAUGCGAUUCCGACCAGCUGCACAUUUGGCCACCAAAGAGUACGUAGCUAAAUAUGAGAAAGCUGUCGAGCUUAUGAAGGCUCUUCCGGCUGAUGAUCCGAGAAAUUUCAUGCAACAAGCCAAUGUUCAUUGUGCUUAUUGUAAUCUUACUUAUGACCAAGUUGGGGACUCGGAUUUGAAGAUUCAAGUUCACAAUUCUUGGCACUUCUAUCCAUGGCAUAGAUGGUACUUGUAUUUUUAUGAAAGAAUCUUGGGGAAAUUGAUUGAUGAUCCCACUUUUGGGUUGCCAUUUUGGAACUGGGACAAUCCUAAGGGUAUGGUCAUGCCAGCCAUGUUCGUGAACACUAGUUCGUCACUAUUUAAUGCUAGACGUAAUCAAAUUCACCUGCCACCCGCUGCCACUGAUCUUGCCUACUUCGGAACCCAAUCCGUUGAUACCACACAAAUAAUUUCGAACAACCUUACGGUGAUGUACAAUGAAAUGGUACGCAACGUUCAGACCCUUGAGGACUUUUAUGGAGCAAAAUAUAAUACUGGGACACAGCCAGACCCCGGGCCAGGGACGGUGGAGCGUGGAUCACACACUGCGCUUCACGUGUGGGUUGGGGAGGCCACAAGCACUGGAGAGGACAUGGGCAACUUUUACUCUGCCGGUCGAGAGCCACUGUUCUUUAGCCACCAUACCAACGUUGAUCGCCUUUGGACAAUAUGGAGGGAUCUAAGGGGUUCGAAAGCGAAGGAUUUUGUUGACUCGGAUUGGUUAAAUGCUAGCUAUUUAUUCUACGACGAAAAUGCACAACUUGUACGUGUGAAAGUUGCAGACACACUGGAUAACAUAAAAAUGGGAUAUGAAUUCCAAAAGGUGGAUACUCCAUGGCUGAAGAGUAGGCCGGUUGCGCGUGCAAAGAAGUCCAAAAUAGCCAGCACCACGGCUGCUCCAUCAGUCGAUAGUAUUUUCCCAGUGAAACUCGACAAAGUUGUCAAAGUUUUGGUUCCUAGACCUAAAAAAUCGAGGAGUAAGAAGGAUAAAGAGAAUGAAGAGGAAUUGCUAGUGAUUGAAGGGAUUGAAGUGGAUACUGCAAUUUUUGUCAAGUUUGAUGUAUUUGUGAACGACGAAGAUGAUGAUCCGAAUACAUUAGACAAGGCAGAGUACGCGGGAUGCUUCUCCCUGGUGCCCCAUAAGAAUUCGAUCCUCUCGAAGACUAAGAUUAGGUUGGGAUUGAGUGAACUGUUGGAGGAUUUGGAUGUUGAAGAUGAUGAAAACAUAUUGGUUUCUUUGGUACCGAAAGCUGGAGGAGAUAACGUUACCAUUGGUGGUAUCAAAAUCAUCUAUUCUUCUUGA